AUGGCAAGGCUCACUGAGGAUACCGAAUACGAUGCCGGCGAAGCGUCUGGAUCGUACCACGUCUACGGUCCGACUCUGGAAAUUAUCAUGCAUACUAUGGACUCCGGUAAGGUGCAUUCCUCUAAUUCCAUUGCUUACUUCCAUUUAGAGUCAAAGUCUUUGGUGAAGAGAUUCCUCGAAACCCAACUUUUCUUUGCAUUACUCUAA